UCGGGAAAAGCCGUGUGCAGAAAGUGCUCUCUUUCAUUUUGACUUUGGUUAUGUAAGAGAUUAAACGUGCGGCUGAAGGUGGAAAUGUUCGGGCGCAGUGCUGCUGCCCCGCAUUAGAGGCCGUCCGUCCGUCCGCGUUCAGAGCAUCAUGUGCGUGACCGCCGGCUGCUGAGAGCGGAGGCUGCGGGCGUCCGUGCGUGCGUGCCACCGACCUGUGCGCUCCGUGCCAACAUGCCAACCUUCUCCGUUAUGUACAAAGGAGCGGUGAUCAUCAGCAGGACACUAAUGGGUCCGUAUGGAGUUGACCGAGCCGUACAUUCCAUUGAAUUUACAGAAUGUGAGAAUGGAUUGGGAAUAAAAGUGUUCGGAGGAGUGAAGGAACAAACAGGAGAGGAAUUUGGAGUUUAUGUCAAGCGGGUUUUACCGGGUGGCCUUGCUUCAGCUGAUGGAAACCUGAUGUCAGGGGACCAGAUCCUGGAGGUAAACGGGGACAGCCUUGUAGGAGUCACAAGUGAAAGAGCUGUGGAUAUCCUGAGAACAGCCUCUGCAACCAAUCACAUGCGCCUUCUCAUAGCCAGAGAUGAAGAAGCAAAGAGAGAAUUUGCAGAUCUUCUACAGAAAUAUGGAUCUACUGGAAGCACAGGAUCAACACGGAACUCUCCCAUUCAACAAGGCAGCCGUUUUCUGGACAGCACAUCUUCUGGCUCUUCAUCUCGAUCCCAGAGUCCGUUACUACUGAGUCCUGCGGGUUCUCAAAACAUGUACAACAAUGGCGGGACGAUGAUGCGCUCGCUCAGUCACCCAGGUGAAGGUGUGAUCCAGCUUAUCUCUGUCACGAGAUCCAGUAAUUUAGGAAUCACUAUUGGAGGAGGCUCCAAUAGGCCUGAUGGUCCAGCAGUCUUCAUCCAGGAGGUGCUGUCAGGAGGAGACUGCCACAAGGAUGGACGUCUACGGCCAGGAGAUCAGCUUAUUGCCAUCAACAAGGAGUCUUUGAUUGGUGUGACCCAUGAGGAGGCCAAAAGCAUGCUGAAUAAAGUCAAGUUUAGCCAAGACACUGCAGUGGAGAUCGCCUUCAUUCCAGGUAAAGGCCUUUUUCCAAGCAGCACAUCUCUUCACAAUGGAGUUCAGCGAGUUGCAGGAACCAACUCUGGACGCCUGAAAGUCCACAUUCGAUCACCCGAGAAUUGUGCAGAAGACCACGCCCCUUUGUCCUCGCCUUCCCCUGACAUCUGUCCCCCGGAUAUUCAUGUUUCAGGCUUAACCACUCAGAGGUCUACAUCUGGGGGGAAACCCAAGAUCACACUGGACCCCUUCAUUCGGCUAAAAUCUGAGAAGUUAGACCUGGCUCUGUCUUUCAUCGGUUUGAAUGUUACUGAAGAGAAGAGGAAGAAGCUGAGACAGAGACUGACGCCUGACCCACAGGGCACCGUGGCUUAUGGAGAUUUUGUGGAGGCAACCCAAAGCAUAUUCUCAGAGGAUCUGGAGGAUCUGGGUUUACCAACGGCUCCCUUCACUUUCUCCUACCACGAAGCAGCCAGUUUGAUGGACACAUCAGCCUUUCAUUCGCCUACAUACGAGUCUGACUGCAGCUACAGCAGCGAGGACAUGGAGCAAUUCCACACAGAAGUAAAACAACUGCAAACCCAAAUGAAGCAGCUGAAGGUGAUGCUGAAGGACAUGGAGCAUAGCAAGAAAACUCUGGAGGAAGAGCUCCAGAAGACAUCUGAGAAAGCUUGUUUGACUGUAGAGGAGAACACUCGGCUGAAAAGUCGCUUACAAGCAGCCGAGUCUGAUGCAGUGCAGAGGCAAGCCAGCAGUGCAGAGCAGGACUACGAGGAGGUCAUCCAGCUGCUGGAGGCCGAGAUCCAAGACCUGAAGAACCAGCUAGCCAUCAAGAGGCAAGGCAGAGGAGCCGAGCCCACCAAGGAGGAAGUGCUGGAGUUAAACAGGAGACUGACAAAUAUUGACUCCCAGCUAAGGAAGUCAGAAGUGAACAGGAAACACCUGGAGAUCUCCAACAAGAAACUGCUGGGCUUUGCACAGAACGUCCACAAAGUGCUGACCAUGCCCAGUCUCUUUGGGGGAGAGGGGUCCCCUAGUGCCACAGAAGACCCUGACACCCUGUCGCCCCUCCCUGAUCCUGCCUCUCAGCUGGCUGCUGAGGCGAAAGAGCUGGUGGAGGGGGCAUGCAGUGGCGCCACCACAGACACAGAUGCCACGCUGGAUGAGGAUUCUCAUCAGGUCUGAGCCACAGAGAGGUCGGGGGGCCUGAAGAGCAGCUGAUCCUCCAAACUCUCCAGUACAGGCAACAGAGAACAGUGCCAUUCCAGUCCAUCUUCCUGAAACCCAGUCUGCAUCCCAAAGCCCGAGUUCGCUUGUGUGUGCAUAGAUGAAACGCUGCAGCUCGUGAACCCACUCUUCACUCUGACAGCAGGUGGCGCUGAAGGCCCAGCAUGAGCUAAAACGCACUUGUAAACCCUCCUCCUUGAGUCUUUUGUAAAAUCUCCCAUUUCUUUUCAAAUGUUCAUGUGUGGGUGUGUGGUAGGAGCUUGUUUGAUGGGAGGAGAACAUCCUCAGCCAAACUUUCUGACCAACUUGCUGCACAGAAAAGUCUCCUCCAGCUCUGAACUGCUCAUGAAGGGCAGGACCCGAGGAAGGCCCAGCCAUGGAACAGACCAGAAGGAUUUCAGCUGUGCUCACCUGUGCUUGGGGUUAGGUCAACAAAACCAAGUUUUAAAGCAGACAGCUUCAGAGCAGUUAGAAACCAAUGUAGUUCCAGCAGAUCGCAUAUUUGGUGUUGCUUCCUUUUCUGUUAUGUUUUAUAUUAAAAAAAGAAUUGAAGUGAAUGA